AUGGCCGACGAGUCCGCCGACGCGGCGCCGCCGCCGCCGCCGGACAAGGCGGCGCCCAAGGGCGAGGCGACGCCCAUCUCCUACGCCGUCGACGGCGGCUCCGGCGCCGUGACGCUGGCCAUGAUGCCCUUCCUGCCGCACACGGACGACGUCACGCGGCGCCUCGGGCGCUUCGACCGCCUCUGCCUCACCUUCCUCAGGUUCGUCGUCGGCAAGCGCCGCAAGGCCUUCUGGUGCGUCACGGGCGGCUACAUCUUCCUCGCCCUCGUGGGCAUGGCCGCCCAGUCCCUCGUGCUCAGCCCGCAGUACCAGUACGCGUGGAUCAUCAACGAGAAGCGCGCGACGAAGUACCGCGACAUGCGCCUCGAGGCCGUCGAGGAGGUCGACGCCCUGAGCGCCGUGAGCGACCCGAGCCGGCGGUCCCAGUACGACCUGCUGGGGACCUGGAUCGAGUACAAGGGGCCGGGCGGCCACGUCUUCACGCCCGAGACUCUGCGGACGAUCUGCGCCAUCGAGUCCGCGUUCUACCGGCAGAAGGAGUGGUCCAAGGUCUGCAUGAUCGACGCCGGCGGCGCCUGCGUCGCGCCCCAGCUCUCCGUGCUGCGCAAGUUCUACGGCGACGCGUGGAUGGGCGCGCUGGUCACGGGCGGGUCCGCGGACUGCGACCUCCUCGACGCGGCGGCCGUCGACGCCACGUGGAGCGCCAUGGUCGCCGCGGCGAACUCGUCCGUCGCCGGGCUCCUGGAGAACGGCGUCUACAUGGAGAACGGCGCGCUCGAGGCCGGCGCCACGACGAAGACGCGGAGCCUGCUCUACGUCGGCCAGCCCCUCGAGGGCUACGACAGCACGACGGACGACACGGAGGCGCAGCUGCUCAAAUACCUCGACUUCUUCGGCGACGUGGAGCUCGACUGGUGGGACCUCUUCGGCGUCGAGAGCACGGUGCUGUUGAGCGCGUACCUCGACGAGUGGCGCUACGGCGGCGUCGACUUCCGGUGCUUCGCGUGGCUCCUCCAGCGGCUCGAGUGGCUGCGCAUGCAGGAGAUGGAUUCCGUCUACAUGCUCUUCACGAUCCUCUUCGUCACGUUCUGGGUGCGGAUCCACACGGGGUCCUGCGCGUACACGGCCGCGUGCAUGGCGCAGAUCCUCAUGUCCGUGCCGAUCACCGCGUUCGUCUACCGCUUCGUCUUCCGCUUCGAGUACUUCGCGCGCGCAGACUACGUCGGCGUCGUCGACGGGAGCUUAAGGUACGUGACCGUGCCGACGUACCUCACGAUGAAGCUCAACCGGGGCAUCCGCGCGCGGAAGAAGGUCAUCAACCGCGUCGUCAAGUUCACGGAGGCGCGGCAGGGCCUGCUGCCGGCGCAGGGCGGCCACCUCUCCUACGACGGCGCGUGGCAGUUUUUGUGGUGCGACACGUUCAUCGAGCUCCGCGCGUCGCUCUUCGAGGGCUUCUACAUCUGCUUCCCCAUCGCCUUCGGCGUGCUCAUCUUCGCGACGGAGAACGUGCUCGUGAGCCUCUACUCCAUCGUCGGCAUCGCCUUCGUCGUCGCGUCGGUGCUGGGCACGGCGCAGUCGGUCUUCGGCUGGGACCUGGGCAUCAUCGAGUCGCUCGCGGGCGUCAUGGUCAUCGGCUUCUCCGUGGACUACACGAUCCACCUGGGCCACAUGUACGUCGCGGCGGACAAGGAGCACGGCGCGAAGCACCGCCUCGACCGCUUCGCCUUCUCCAUCGAGAAGAUGGGGCCCACGGUCGUCGGCGGCGCCGUGACGACGCUCGGCGCGGGCGCGUUCAUGCUCCCCUGCCAGCUCCAGUUCUUCUUCAAGCUCGGCCUGCUCAUCUUCACGACGAUCUUGUACAGCUUCCUCUUCGCCUUCGGCUUCGUCAUGCCCCUCCUCGCGGCCGCGGGGCCCUCGGGCGACGCGUUCAGCAUCCGGCCCGCGCUCCGCGCGCUCGCGGCCGCGGCCAAGGGCAAGUCGGACGUGAGCUUGUGGAACUUGGACGUGACCUGCCGCGCGACGCGCCGCGACGUCAUCGGCGGCGCCACGAGCGGCGCCGUCGACGACGCCUUGCGCUUCUUCCCCAUGCUCCGCCCGCCGCAGCUCGCCAGCGUCAACAUGUCGUCAAGGUCGGUCUCGGCGCGGGCGCCGCGGGCCGCGCUCGCCGUCGACGGCGUCCUCGCGACGUCGCUCGUCUGCUGGGCCCACGUCGCCGGCCGGCCCUGCGACUGUGGCGGCGCGCGCGCGCACGUCUUCGCCGGGGCCUGCGGCGGCGCCGUCGCCGCGGCGCUCGGCGUCGAGGACCGGAGGCGGCGCUGCACGCGCGGCGCGUGCAAGCGGCCGCACCCGGACCCGGGCGCCGUCGUCGACGCCGUGCUCGCGUGGCGCGCGGGCCGCGGCGGCGCGGCCGUCGCGGCCUACGGCGGCGCGGGGCCGAGCGCGGCCGAGCGGCCCGCGCGGGGCCGCGCGGAGGCGAGCCUCGAGGACGCGCCGCCGCGGGCCUGCGGCACGUCCGCGGCGGCGCUCACCGCGCGGCUCCGGCGCAAGAGCGCGGCGCUGCCGCGGCUCGCGGCCUUCCUCGCGGCGGACUUUUACGACGAGGCCGUCGCGGACGGCGCGAUCCGCCGCCUCCUCGCGACGAAGGGCGCGCCGAAGGAGGUCUGCGAGGCCUACGCGGCCGCGGACGCGCUCCGGGGCCUCGCGGCGCCCGUCCCCGACUGUGUCCCCGAGGACGAGCUCGCGAUCCUCGACGUCUGCAGCGGCCGCGGCGUCGUCGCGCUGCUCCUGAGCUACCUCUUCCCCCGCGCGCGCGUCGUCAUGUUCGACUCGAACCCGGCGAUGGACCUGUCGCACGUCCGGAGCCGGGCCAACGUGGCCUACUGUGUGGCCUACGCGCCGCUCGACGUCUUCUCGCGCGCGGCGCCGGCGGAGCUAUGCCGCGCGGCGCGGGGGCGGCGCGCCGUGCUCCUCGGCCUCCACGUCUGCGGGGCCCUCGCGCCGCGCGUGCUCGCCGUCGCGGCGGACUGCGGCGCCGUCGAGGCCCUCGCCGUCGUGCCGUGCUGCGCCAAGGGCACGCUCGGGAAGCGCGCCAAGGGCCUCGCCAGGGCCCAGGGCCGGAGCCUCUACGACGUCCUCGCCGACGCGCUCCUCGGCGUCUGCCGCCGCGACUGCCCGGACGCGCGCCUCGACUUCGCGCCGGACAUGGGCUCGCCGAAGAACGCCGUCGUCACGGCGCGCAAGCGGCCGCGGUGA